UUAUCCGGGACCAUCCCGAAAAUCCUAGCGGUCUCCAUGCGUAGUGUGAGAUGGACAGCCGACAGCUCACAAGCCGAUGUCCUUGUCGUUAAAAAAAUGAUGGAUUAAAUGUUCCGUGUUUCUAAAAGAGCGGAACCAGUAAUAUAAUGGGGGCUGAUGCUAGUGUAAACAGAAAGGCAGCAGACAGUCAAUGUCACUCACGCUGGAGGGCCUUCUUCUCAAGUCUGGGCAUCGCUUCUGCUUUUGAGCUCCACAAGCUCUGCGUGGGGGGGCGACGCAUGGUAGAGAACCAGUGCGCUGACAGACCCCAGUGCCCCCCCCUCCCCUCCUCAGGCCCCGAGGAGCCCUGGGUGGAGUGGAGCCUGCCAGCCUUCAUCUCCAUGUUCCUGCCUGAGUUUCCACACCGCAGUAUUCCAGGAUCCGAGAAAUUCCAGUUCCUGGGAUACAUUGCCAAAGGUUCCUUUGGGCCUAUCCUGAAGGUGAAGGACAGGUUCAAAGAGAAGACUUAUGCUGUGAAGAUGGUACCAAAAUCUGAGGUGCUGAGGCUGGGAAUCCUCCAGCAGUCGAAGGAGGAGGUCAUCGUUCAGCGUCAGGUCCGUCACCCUUUCCUCCACGACCUGCAGGACUGUUGGCAGACCCAGAACCACCUCUUCAUUAUGUGUGAUUACUGUAGCACUGGAGACCUCUACACCUACUGGGUGAUGAUUGGCCAGUUUGCAGAGGAUGCUGUGAAGGUCUUUGCUGCUGAGCUGGGCUCUGCUCUUGGUUUCCUGCAUGACUUUGGGAUCAUGCACAGGGAUGUGAAGAUGGAGAAUGUUCUUCUAUCCGACCAAGGCCAUCUCCGCCUAGCUGAUUUCGGGCUGUCCCGCCGUGUGGAACGAGGUGCAAGGGCCUUCACCAUCUGCGGUACCAUGCAGUACAUGGCCCCUGAAGUUCUGAGUGGGGGACCCUAUAGCCAUGCAGCUGAUUGGUGGUCCCUAGGCAUUCUCCUCUUUGCCAUGGUGACAGGACAUUUCCCUUUACCUCCAGAACCAGAUCACAGCACAAUGCUGAGGAAAGUGCGGAGCUUCCCAUACGAAAUGCCCGAGACCUUCAGCCCACCUCUAGCACUGCUGCUUUUAGAGCUCCUGUGUAAGACCCCCGUGACGCGGCUGCACACCCUGGAGCGAUUCCAGCACCAGACCUUCUUCCGUGGCACCCCCUUUGACUCUCAGCUUCUUCAGAAGACCCCCAUGGAGCUCAUCCUGGAGCUGAAGCAUCGGCCCGACCGCGAGGCUAAAGCCCGCCGUGGCUUGGACUCGGAACCCUUCCAGGACUUCGACUGUGACCUCCUUGGUUCCCCUCUCACAUCAACCAUAGACCUGCCCCCCACUCCCACUGGCAGCCUCCCUCCAAAAACCACCAAUGAGGAGGUAUUUGUGUGACAUGGCUGAUGGCAAAUAAGGAGGGGUCUUUCAUAAGCAGACAGUAAAUUCAAGAUGCAGAAAUGGGGUUUGGAAACUGCCCUGUCAUCACUCGAAAAUAACCGAAGAGCUUAAACCCUCCUCUGUCCCCUUCCAGAGUACAUUUCUCCUCAAUAGUACGGAGGUGAGGGGUCAUCCGAAGGACGAUGAAACAAAACAGGAAAUGUUUGGAGACAUUCCUGGGUCAGUGUCUGGACCAGCCCCAAAUACCUGCCCAGGAACUUCAUCCCUCAUUCUCCUCAAUGUCGGACAGAAGAGGAAGGCUAUACGCUUCCUCCUGGUGUUUUUAGAUAGACCGACAUCCCAUUUAGCCCCAGGGGCAGCUGUGAUCUAUUCCAUAUCUCAACGCUGAGUGUUGAAACCUAACGGGAGUUCAUCCACAUAACGUCAAGGUGUGGAGAUACGAUUUCACUGUGCUGCUGUUGUGUGGGAUGAUGAAUAUAGAACAAGCUGCUCUGGGUCACUUUCCUAGCUGCUUUGGUAGAACGACACCUCACAUGUAACCUUGGCUGCUUAGUGGGGCUAAAGUGCAGAGUUAACUGGUUGACAGGUAUUUUCUCUGGCUCGCCGACAGCCUCCCCUGGCACCAUUACAGAUAAGUCAGUCGUCGUCUUUUAUAUUCAGCCAUUUUUCACUUUUCUUUUUUUGACCUGUUGAUUUUUUUUUUGAUGGUAUUGUUCUAUUGAUUGUUCAACCAGGACUUUGAAGGUGUAUAAACUGUUGAAAAUGGAGACUUGAUCCCUUUCCACAGACAAAUAAUUACAGUGUCUUACAAUAAACAAAAUACAAAGGUGUUAGACUCAUUGAGUCAGAUUUAAGGAGGAGUGUCUGUCAGUUUCUGCCUUAAGACCUCGCAGUUGUUUUCACCACAUUGAAUAAAGACAAGGUUAGGCCAUGAGAGGCUUAAACUACUCAUCAAAGUAAUUGUUUUUAACGUGAUAGAAUGAGCCAUGAACAGUAUAUCACAGUUUUGUCCUUCAGUCAAUUUAUUUCCACAUUUUUUAAAAUACUUAGAUGUAAUUUGUCUAUUUAUAAACUGCCGGCAUUAUUUAUAUUGUAUAAAAGUAUUACUCUCUCAGUCAUUACUGUUUGUCUUAACAGAAGAAUGACUGAUCGGCGGUAUUUCAUUUCUCGUUGUCAUUAAACGUUGUUACUGUG